CCACACUCACCAACCUGUUAGCGUACUGUAUACAACUACUGCCCUGAGCAAACCACACUCACCAACCUGUUAGCGUACUGUAUAAAACUAUAAAGUACAGUAAUCUACAAGCAAAGAAGAUGGCUUCACCGCAAUACUCAGUUGACAGCUUAUCCAAAGCUGUAAUUGACGAAAAAUGGGAUGAAGUAAGAAACAUUAUCAGAGCCGCUCCUGAACUCGUAAAUGAGAAAGUGAACGGCGAUACUCCACUUCACUGGUUGUUACGAGCUGACCAUUCAUACCGAGAUCACACAGAUGCAACACGUUAUUUAUUAACGUAUGGAGGAAAUGCCAAGUUAAAAAAUAGGCGUGGUCAAACUCCAGCUGACGUGUAUGUGGAUAACGAAUGUAGGAAAUACGAUUCUAGAAACAGAGAAGAACAGAAAGAAAUGCUCAUGCGUCUCUUACAAACGGGGAAUGUUCCAAUGGAAAUCUUGGCACGUGGGCACGAAGCAAUGGAAGCUUUUAAUGAUGCUCUAGCUGAGGGAGAAGCAGAGGUUAAUCAAGGAAGGACAUUUUUCAUGGGCCUCGAGAGAGUCGGAAAAACAUCUACUAUCAAGUCAUUUUUAAGGAAUACUUUUGAUCCAAAUGAGGGUAUUACGGACGCAAUUGCCAACACAAAGGUGUGUACCCACGAAUUGCACAAUGAAUUAAAUUGGAAGGAAGCACCACCUGAUCAUUCUGGUGCCAAUGACAUGUAUGAAGCAAAAUUUGCAGAUUCCAUAGCGAAAAAAAUAUUAGAACAAGAAGCGGAGAAGAAUUUAGAAGUAACAAGACAAAGCGUGUUAUCACCAGCUAAAGUAGAGACGAAAGAUAACCAGGGACAAUCAUCAUCGAAUGUUGACGCCAGAAACCCGAAAAUAGAAUCAGAUACCAAAGAGCAGACACAGGCACAAUCGAUGGAAGAGGUCCCCGAAACCAUCGCCACUAAAGUCCAGGAGCGAAUAACAGAACUCAAGUUCACAAGAGGAAAUGCGACACAAGAAUGGCAAAAAUCUGGCAACGAUUUCAUUAUGAGUAUCUGGGACUUCGGAGGCCAGCCGAUAUAUCAUGUGAUACAACGAGUAAAGUCAUUAUAUUGAAUGAAAAAUUGAAUAAAAUUAUAGUUAUUAAAAUUACAA